CGCUCAUCCUCGUCUCAGCGUGUUGUCCGCUCCUUACAGGCUUCAGCAAUAUGUUCUCCAAGGUAACGUUAUUCAUGGCCGUGGCGGGAGCUGCCCUGGCCUUUCCCUCGGACCCCUAUGGCCCUCCUCCCCAUCAGCUUGUAUACAAGGAGGAUCCCAUUCCGUAUAAUUACGCCUACGCCAUCAACGACCAAUACGCCGGCACCGACUUCGGCCACAACGAAGACUCCGACGGCAAGACGGUCAAGGGAUCCUAUACCGUCCAGCUCCCUGAUGGCCGGAAGCAGACGGUAAACUACGUGGCUGACCACUACAACGGCUACCAGGCUGAGGUCACCUACUACGGUGAGGCUCAGUACCCCCACGAGUACGGCCCCGCCAUCACCUUCCCUCCCCAGCACUACCAACCCCAGCCUGCAUACCAACCACAACCAUCAUACCAGCCACAACCAUCAUACCAGUAGUCCAUCGAUUAUCCAUGUCAAUAUUCCUUUUGUUCCUAGUCACUGUUAUAUUUUGCAAGUAAAUAAAACAAAAUGUGCUAAA